AUGCCAUUAAAAACCUUUUUGACUAAUAAACUUAAAUCAAAAAGAUUUCGUCUUAAUGGUCUUGUACCAUCAUCACGUUUGCCAAAGAAAAGAGAAUUAUGUCAAGCUUUUUGUGAUCAUAUACUCUAUGCAGCUGAUCAACUUCCACCAAAAGUUGAUCUUCGAUCCUAUAUGACGCCUGUUGAAGAUCAAUCAAAAACUGGCAGUUGUGCAGCUAAUUGUCUUGCUGGAGCUUAUGAAUAUUUAACAAAGAAAGCUAACGGUCUUGAUACUGAUGUUAGCCGUUUAUUUAUUUACUAUAAUGCUCGUGUAAAAGAUCAAAAAACAGAAAAAGUUGUAGAUACAGGUUGUACAAUGACAAGUGCUAUUGAGGCAUUAGAAGAAUUUGGUACUUGUCUUGAAUCAACUUGGCCAUAUGAUCUUUCUCGAGUCAAUACACGACCACAUGAAAAAGCUUAUAGAGAAGCUAGAAAUCAUCGAAUUACAGAAGCAUUUCGAAUUAAUGUUAACUUAUAUGAAAUGAAAUCUUGUCUUGCACAAGGUUUUCCAUUUGCAUUUGGUUUGAGAUUAUAUGCUUCAUUUGAUAAAGCAGCUACAACAGGUGUUGUACCAAUACCAAAAACAGGAGAAAAUAGACGAAAACAAAAUGCAAGUCAUGCAUUAUUAGCUGUUGGCUAUAGUGAUCAAUCAAAAGCGUUUAUUGCACGAAAUUCAUGGGGAGAAAAUUGGGGUGAUAAUGGAUAUUGUUAUAUUCCGUAUCAAUAUUUAACAAAUCCUAGCUUAUGUUUUGAUAUAUGGACUAUUCGUCAAUUAGCUACCGAUAAUUUUGGUCGAGAAAAUUGGGAUACUUAUGAUAUGACUGAUUAUAUACUUGCUGGUAGAAAUCGUGAAUUUAAUGAUAGUUUUGAUGAUAAUGAUGAAAUUAUUGAAACUUUUGAUGAAAAUAAUGAUUCUGAUGAUGAUGGUGAUGAUAGAUAUGAUUAUGAUCGACGAGGUGGUGGCUUUGAUCGCCCUUGGAAUCAAUAUCAAGAUUAUGGAGGAUAUAAUCAGUGGCAAAAUAAUGUUGAUGAUAGACACCGUGAGCCAUUCAGAGGCUAUUCCGGUGGUGAAAAUUUUCCCCAUUCACCUUAUGAUCAAUUGCGAGAAGACAAUUAUUGUAAGUAUUAA